UGGCUUGAGACAAGAUGCUUGCUGGCCGGUGCUGUGCCUCCGCACGUUUGGAAGUUAGGGGCUGGAGGGGCCUGGUCCGGUUACAGCUUUCGCCCCUUUUUCUACCAGCCCUUCCUCCAGGUCUGUCCACACUUUGCAGCCUCCCGUCGCCACCCGGGCCGCCGCUGGAACUCACGGUCUCACGAAGUACCCUUAAAGAAGAGGCCCUCAGAAGGUUCUCUUAAGAAGAUAAAGAAAGUAGUGGAAACGAGUCUCCUGAGCUUUUCUGGCCCUAAAUGGCUGCAGAAUCAAGGAAGUCUUUAGCUCCAUCCCCACCAGACCAGGCUCCUGAAGAGGACCUUGUAAUCAUCAAGGUAGAGGAAGAUCAUGGUUGGGACCAGGAAUCAAGUCUACAUGAAAGUAACCCUCCUGGGCAAGAGCUAUUCCGCCUGCGCUUCAGGAAGUUAUGCUACCAAGAGACACUAGGACCCCGAGAAGCUCUGAUCCAACUCCGAGCACUUUGCCAUCAGUGGCUGAGGCCAGAUUUGAACACCAAGGAGCAGAUCCUGGAGCUGCUGGUGCUGGAGCAGUUCUUGACCAUCCUGCCUGAGGAGCUCCAGACUCUGGUUAAGGAACAUCAGCUGGAGAAUGGAGAGGAAGUGGUGACUCUAUUGGAGGAUUUGGAAAGGCAAAUUGAUAUACUAGGACGGCCAGUCCCUGCUCGUGCACAUGGACAUAGGGUACUCUGGGAGGAGGUCAUGCAUUCCAAAUCUGCACCAGAGCCUGCGGAUACUCAGCUCCAACCUGUGGCAACCCAGCACAAAUCUCCAGUGCUCCAAGGGCCACAAGACAGAGCCAUAUCUGCUUCACAGAGUCCUACCCCUUCCCAGAAAGGAAGUCCUCGAGACCAGGAGAUGACAGCCACACUUCUUACAGCAGGGUUCCAGACUUUGGAGAAGAUUGAAGACAUGGCUGUGUCCCUAAUUCGAGAGGAAUGGCUUCUUGAUUCAUCACAGAAGGAUCUGAGUAGAGAUAGCAGGCCAGAGAAUUACAGAAACAUGUUCUCCCUGGGUGGUGAGACCAGGAAUGAGAACAGGGAAUUAGCUUCAAAACAGGUAAUAUCUGCUGGAAUCCAACCACAUGGAGAGACAGCUGCCAAAUGCAACGGGGAUGUUAUCGGGGGUCUUGAGCAUGGAGAAGCCCGAGACCUUCUGGGCACAUUAGAGAGGCAGCGGGGAAAUCCCACCCAAGAGAGACGACAUAAAUGUGAUGAAUGUGGGAAGAGCUUUGCUCAGAGUUCAGGUCUUGUUCGCCACUGGAGAAUCCACACUGGGGAGAAACCUUAUCAGUGUAAUGUGUGUGGUAAAGCCUUCAGUUACAGGUCAGCCCUUCUUUCCCAUCAGGAUAUCCACAACAAAGUAAAACGCUACCACUGUAAGGAGUGUGGUAAAGCCUUCAGUCAAAACACAGGCCUGAUCCUGCACCAGAGAAUCCAUACUGGGGAGAAGCCGUAUCAGUGCAAUCAGUGUGGAAAGGCUUUCAGUCAGAGUGCGGGCCUUAUUCUGCACCAGAGAAUCCACAGUGGGGAGAGACCCUAUGAAUGUAAUGAGUGUGGGAAAGCUUUCAGUCAUAGCUCACACCUCAUCGGACAUCAGAGAAUCCACACUGGGGAGAAGCCCUAUGAGUGUGAUGAGUGUGGGAAAACCUUCAGGCGGAGCUCACAUCUUAUUGGCCAUCAGAGAAGCCACACUGGGGAGAAACCCUACAAAUGCAAUGAGUGUGGGAGGGCCUUCAGUCAAAAGUCAGGCCUUAUUGAACAUCAGAGAAUCCACACUGGAGAAAGACCCUAUAAAUGUAAAGAAUGUGGGAAAGCUUUCAAUGGGAACACUGGCCUCAUUCAGCAUCUGAGAAUUCACACAGGGGAGAAGCCCUAUCAAUGUAAUGAGUGUGGGAAAGCCUUUAUUCAGAGGUCAAGUCUCAUUCGACAUCAGAGAAUCCACAGUGGAGAAAAAUCUGAAUCCACGGGAGUUUAGGAAAAAACUUUAGUCAUAGAUUGGGCAUUCUUCAACAUUAGAGGAACCAUGUGCUAGUGAGGUCUUUCAGUGUAACAAAAAGGCAGAAAGUUCAGCAUCAUUACAACCUUAUCUAGGGUCAGAAUUGAUAGUGGUGACAAAGUUAGAAUAGCUCUUCAGUAGUUUGGGCCCAGUGCCUUGAUGCAGGUUGAUUAGCUUGACUAUCCUGGGAGGUGUCUGAUGGAGUGGAGCUCCCGAUGGCCUAAGGUAUCCUUUAGAAGCUUAAAGUAGCAUUAGAGCAAGUUGCUUGUGGCUUGAGGCACUUAACUUUGUCUUUUUGGUGAGUAGCUAUAGGUUUGAGAGAGGCUACUCCUCCUAGUUCCUCUGCUUCUUCCCAUCUGUGAUCCCUUCUCCCAUUUAUUCCCCUAAAGGUGCACUUGUGCUCCUAAUCUGAUCUAAGAAGCUGCUUUAGAGUUUGAAGCAGCCUCUGUGUGAGACUUACAUUUAGCUUUCUAAGAUCCUAGUUCUAGGGAAAUUUUUACAGACACCUCAUGUAUUUAUGCUUAAGUGUGCAUUUUAUUUUAUUCUAAUGCUCCUGAUAGAGGAAAUCCAUAUUCCCAUGCAAACUCAGAAUGCUAUAUUUUUAACAGCACUCCAGCAUUUUUCUUCAUAUAUCACCUUCACUGACUCCACUGAGUCAUUGAGCAUCCAUACGUAUCCUUCACCACUCCCAGUCCCAGUACCUGUGUCAGCGAGGAAGUGGACGCAUUAGUGAUGGUUGUGGGAAUGAUGCAGAGAAAGAGACCCAUUUCCAUUGUACGUCAAUAACUGCCUAUACCUAAGACUGAAGACCAAAAAAUUCAACUUUAGGAGGAAGUAUUCCGGAAAAGGGAGGCCCUCAAGAGGAAUCUUACUGAAUUGCAGACUCUCCAAUUAACAAGAAAGCUGCAUCUCAUGAACCACUGAGAGGGAAGCCUCCAGGAUCCCAGAGCGGACCACCAGGUGCCUGGGGCGGGGUUCCGCGGAAGUCGACGUCUCCGAGCCAGUGCGGGCGUCAGACGACCUGUCGGUUCAUCAAAUCACGGUUUUCCAGGAUGGUGGUUUGCAGACAGAGUCGUCUGGGUGGAGCACACCCUUCUGGGAUCAGCACUGAAGUGAUGUCAUAUCCCACCCAGACCAGCACAACUGUGAUUCCUAAGCAAUAAGUGAUGGUGACUCCUGGCCUUACAUAAGGAGUCUGUUUCAAAGCAGAGUUUUCCAGAAGUCUAACACACAAGGGAGAUGUUCAGAAGACUAAGUGGUAACAUCAUCAGGGGCUCCACACUGGACAAGUUCAUGGACUUCUGAAUAAUUUACCCAAGUGGGAGAGGAGCCCCUUUGAGGAUGCACAACUUACAUUGCCUCAAGCCAUGGAGAAUAUCACUCCGAUAAAGAGGCCUAAGAUACCUGGGAGAAUUCACCCCGAAGUUCAUUCCUGUCGAUGCUGUGGGCGUGGGAAAUUCUCCAUUCAGCUUGUGCACAAUUUCCAACUUCAACUGUAAUAAAAGAAGCAGCCACUCGUAAAGUGAGUAGAAGUCACUAAACCAAAAAUAUCCUUCCCUCAUAAGACAAACCCUGGCACACCAGCAGCCCUGACCAAGCACCAGCACAUCCAAACUUAAAGAAAGCCCUUAUAGAUCCUCAACCAGGAACGACCUUCAGUGUAAUCCCAAGUCUCAAUACACAACAGAGAAGCCAUCCUGAAAAGAGUUUCAUGAGAAUAAAGAAUGUGGCAAAACCUUCAGACACUGGAGUGAUCUUAGACAUCAGAGAACCCUUGGGGAUAUCUUCAGUGUCAGAAGCCUUCUUUGUGAGCUCAAGUCUCACUGAACAUAAGCAAAUUCAUUUUGGACAGGAACCUUAUCUAUGUCACAAAUGUGGCAAAGCCAUUAAGUUCUCUGAUAGCCUUGCUAAACAUCAGAGAAUCCACAGUGAAGAGACAACUUAUUGGUGUAAAGAGUAUAAUACUGUAGGAUUCAUUGUGUUUCGAGUCUGGUCACCCGCCAAAGAACCCACAGUGGAAAGCACCAUUAUGAAUGUAGUGAGUGGGGGAAGGCCUUCGUUUGGAAGCCAGCACUUGAUUACCAGAAAACCCAUGCUAGAGAGAAAAUCCAUAAAUAUUAAAUGUGGGAAGGCCUUCACUUAAAAGGUCAAUCUUAUACAUUGGAAAAUCCAUACUGGAACAAAACCCUAUGUAUGUAUGACCACUGUGGGGACGCUUUCAGCGUUAGCUCAACUCUUAAAGUGUAGCAAAGAUUCCUUGUGGGGAAAAGCCCUUUAAGGGUAAAUAAUGUAGGAAAGCCUUCAGUCAAAGUUCAUAUCUUAUCAGGAAUUCCGUGGCAGUCCAGUAGGACUCCACACUUUAACUGCCCGCCCCCCCCAGAAAAAAAGAAAGAAAAAAAAAGUUCAGAUCUUAUCAAACAUCAGGGUCCACACUGGAGAGAAGCCUUACGACUGGGACAGGUGUGGGAAAAUCUUCUCUUGAACUCAUCUCUUACUAAACAUCAGAGGAUACACAACAAAAAUGAACCUCAAUAGUCAAAUAUGUGGUAGAGGUAUAACAUAGAACUUUUCAACAUCAAAUGUCACCACUAAGAAAAAAUCCAAUUGCAAAAAAUCACUUUAACUGGCAUUAUUUUAUGCAGUUAGACAAGUAUUACCAGAGAGUCUUUGUCAGGUCACUUUGGGCAAAGCUGAAUUAAAACAGAUUCCUGUGACAGAUCUCAGUGGAUGUUUAACUGUCUUUGGCACAGUUAGCUUUUCAUUUUCUACAGUAAAUGUAGAGAGAGUAGGGGGAUGUCUUUAAAACUAACCACAACCUUAGAUAAUCCAAAUAUUUAUUACAUUUAUUUUUUAUUUGGAAUUCAUGAUGCUAAUUAAAUACUUUUUCUAAGAAUGAUUUUGACAUUGAUUCCCGGGAUGCAACGGGUAUACACUUCUACCAGACUUACUCCCUUUUACUUUUUUUUCUUUUAAACAUCUUUAUUGGAGUAUAAUUGCUUUACAGUGGUGUGUUUCUGCUGUAUAACAAACUGAGUCAGCUAUACGUAUACAUAUAUCCCCUUAUCCCCUCCCUCUGUCUUCCUCCCAUCCUCCCUUCCCACCCCUCUAGGUGGUCACAAAGCACCGAGCUGAUCUCCCUGUGCUAUGCAGCUUCUUCCCACUAGCUGUCUAUUUUAUAUUUGGUGGUGUAUAUAUGUCCAUGCCACUCUCACUUCGUCCCAGCUUACCCUUCCACCUCCCUGUGUCCUCAAGUCCAUUCUCUAUGUCUGCGUCUUUAUUCCUGUCUUGACCCUAGGUUCAUCAGAACCAUUUUUUUUUAGAUUCCAUAUAUAUGUGUUAGCAUAUGAUUUUCUCUUUCUGACUUACUUCACGCUGUAUGACAGUCUCUAGGUCCAUCCACCCUACUACAAAUAAUUCAAUUUUGUUUCGUUUUAUGGCUGAGUAAUAUUCCAUCGUAUAUAUGUGCCACAUCUUCUUUAUCAAUUCAUCUGUCGAUGGACACUUAGGGUGCUUCCACGUCCUGGCUAUUGUAAGUAGCGCUGCCAUGAACACUGCGAUACAUGACUCUUUGAAUUACGGUUUUAUCAGGGUAUAUGCCCAGUAGUGGGAUUGCUGGGUCGUAUGGUAGUUCUAUUUUUAGUUUUUUAAGGAACCUCCAUACUGUUCUCCAUAGAGGCUGUAUCAAUUUACAUUCCCACCAACAGUGCAAGAGGGUUCCCUUUUCUCCACACCCCCUCCAGCAUUUAUUGUUUGCAGAUUUUCUUAUGAUGGCCAUUCUGACCCGUGUGAGGUGAUACCUCAUUGUAGUUUUGAUUUGCAUUUCUUUAAUGAUUAGUGAUCCCUUUUUAUCAUGCUAGUAUAUCUGGGAAAUGCAGCAAAUAAAUAUCUGUGUUUUGGUAAAUCAUUUCACAAAAUUUCCUAUUCUUUGUUAAAAAAAAGAAGAUGGUGAAAUGUGGGUGGGCCAUGUGUACAUGUAAUAUGCUGAACACAGACCGUAUUUACCUCAUUCAUCUUUGUGUUUCUAAUAUAUAGAAUAGUGACUGACGCAGAGAAGGCUUGUGACACAUGCUGUUGAAUGACUGCUUGAAGGGCUCUGUUUAUGGGUUGAUAUCUAUUCAGCCUGAAGAGGGAUCUCUAAUCGUUUGCUAUAGGAUCUGCCCUCUUCCCAGACCUGGUCAAGAAAUGACCUUGGGCGCUCAGUGGGGAUUGAUUACAAACUCAUUUCAUGGUGCAUCAUAAUCACUGGUCUGUGUGUGGCCUUACUUUCAAUUUUAUACAUUUAGGCUUUUAACCAGCUCCUUAUAAACAGUCUUGGUCUGAACACCUUUGGGAGUUUUUCUGGAAAACAUACGCAGGAAUGAAAUUGCUGGGUCAUAGGUUAUGCACUAUGUCAAUUUUACUAGCAGGUAAUGGUUCCCGUUCCUUGGGAACUAAGAGAUCUAUCUGGUGCCUUACAUGAUCAUGAUGUCACCUUUUCUGUGUGAGUUCCUAAGAGCAGCAGAUAUCCCAACCAGCCAGGCACCCUCUCAUCUGGUGAGGAUGGGGUGAGGUGAAUCUCCAAGGUAGGAAU